GCAGAUUUAUUUUACAGGUUUACAGAGGUUGAUUUACAACUACAUUUGGAAUUAUUUAUGAACAUCACUUUGCAAGUUCAAAAUCCUUUUGACCAUAAUUUGAGCCGUACAGGUGUGGCGUGCAGUAAUGCCCAUGCCUUAAUAUUUCUUGCUGCCUGUCAGGUGUGCUACUGGCAAAUAUACUAAAUAAAAUAAACUUUUCCAUGGCAGGGAAACCAGGACAUGUUAGGAUGCUCUUCACAAUACAGUAUUGAGUUUAUACCCAUAUAUAUAUAUUGUGAGAAAUAUUAAAAUUUAUGUUACAUUGCUAAGAGAGUGUUGUUUAUUAUUUGUUUAUUAAUUGUUGUUUAGAAUUAUGAUGAUUACUGUUGCUAUGCGUUGGGGGCGCUAGGGUGAAACACAAGGCAGUCACGCACACAUAGGGAGACACCAGAAGAACAGGAUGACAGGUGACGCCUCAGAUGCUUAAAGUAAACAACAACUCCUAACAUGGUGAAGAGGCGGUUACAGGAAAAGGGAGAGUAGGUUUUUCUCCAGGUGAGGACAGAUCAGAAGAAGGAGGCACUGUGCCAAGAGGCUGAAACCAGCCUGUGCACCAGCGAAGGGAGAGCUGAGUCUAAACCAUGGUUUCUCCCCAACCUUUUCACCAAUCAGAUAGUUACAAAAAUAUAUACAAAACUCUGUGUAACUGCUAAGAUAGACACUCUUCUCCGGGACGUUGGCCACAGCUAACUGCUUGCAGACUGUGGUUUUCAGAUCAGAGGAGAUCCAUGUACAUGCUGAUUCUGAUUCUUUAAUGGCAAAUAAAUAUUGGUUUAAAUGGAGAACUUUGAGUGGAGAACUCUUAUUGCAAAUAAACGAAUGCGCUGACAAUAUGCUAUAAAUAAAUAAAUAAAUAAAGUAUAAAAAUAGUAGAUAGUAAAUUCAUCUACACUCCAUACCAGUGGGAGGAGACCAAUUAACCAAUUAUUUUAUUUAUUUAUUUGACCAACUCUUAAAAGACAGGAAGUAAAGGAGGGAGCAGUUGAGGACAGUGACUCUUCUCUGAGGUGUAAACAUGGGAGAACAGACUCUGGUCUCCGGGAAGUGGCUCGCUGACAUGGUCCGACGGAAUGUCGUCGGGCCUCGGCUGCGGAUCCUGGACACGUCCUGGUACCUGCCGAUGAUGAAACGCGACGGGAAGAAGGAGUUUGCACAGUGUCACAUCCCGGGAGCGUCUUUCUUCGACAUCGACGAGUGCUCGGACAGGACCUCGAGCUUCGACCACACGCUGCCCUCCGAGGAGCUGUUCGCGGACUACGUUGGGAGUCUCGGGGUCGGAGGUGACAGCCACGUGGUUGUCUACGACGCCAGUGACUUCGGGGCAUUUUCCUGCACCAGGGUGUGGUGGAUGUUCCGCUUGUUCGGCCACCCGGAGGUGUCGGUGCUGAACGGGGGUUUCAGGAACUGGGUGAGAGAGGGUCACCCAGUCACAGGGAAGCUCACCCGGCCUGAGCGCGCCCACUUCCCCGCCACCAUGAACCGCUCCUGGGUCAAGUCAUUCGAGGACAUGACAGAAAACAUCGCGACUCAGGGCUUCCAGGUGGUGGACGUCAGGCCUUACGCGAGGUUCCGUGGGGAAGAGCCAGAACCAAGAGAAGGUGUCCAGCCGGGUCACAUCCCCGGCUCCAGGUGCAUGCCGUUCUUCAGGUUUCUGGAUGACGAGGGCAUGAUGCUGUCCCCACAGGAGCUGAGGAAGUUCUUUGAGAAGUCACAAGUGGACUUGAGCAAGCCAAUCUGUGGCUCCUGUGGCUCAGGGGUGACCGCCUGUCACAUGGUGCUGGCCGCCCACCUGUGUGGGGCCCCCGGGGCGUCGGUGUAUGAUGGAUCCUGGUACGAGUGGUUCACCAAGGCCCCACCAGAGCACAUCGUCUCCCAGGUCAAACGCUCUUAGGAAAAAAGAGAACUUUUAUGUGACUGAUUGAACCUUAAUGAGAGAUGAGAUCCACCUCAGAAAUGAGCAUAGGUUUAUAAAUCAAUGAUGUCUGGAUGCCUGUAGGACGAUUUGAAUGUACAAACAACAUAGAAGUAGGUCUGAGGCUUUUUAAUAUUUUUACAUUUAUAUAAUCAGGAGAUUUUCCACCGUUUUAUGAGAAUAAUUGUUUAUUCUGAACAAAAUCUGGUGUCAAAACACUUCCUGCUACUGUCCUCCAGAGGAAGGGCACAACCUGCUGGUGCUUUAGGAGAUGGUCACUUUUAAAACGUGGCUUGGCUGGAUUUGUAAGUCCAGUUUUAUGCAACUUGUGUGUUAUGAAACACUUUUAGUAGCUAAAUAAAUGAGCUUCAGUGAGUUUUGACAUGUGAUUUAAAUUAAAUGAAGUAUAUUUUUUUUAAUGUUCAUAAUUGUUUCUUAAUAAAAACACUAAGUGA